CUAAAUUCUGAAUUCUUAAAUUCUGGCACUAAAACCAUCAAUUGGCCACAAGGCCCAAUUACUCAAUUUCAAAACCAAUAACCAUUAUUAAUUAUUAACCCAAAAAAAAGAAAAAAGAAAAACAAUUGUUGUUAUGUAAGCUCUGCUUUGGUGCUUUCCCUUCUCCUAUUUCGACAACACGAUCAGCUCCUUCGAAUUCCCACCGAACCAAGACUUUUACCGUCCGAUAGAUCGUCGCCGGCGUGAUGGCCGGAAAAUCCCUCAUGUGCAACGACUGUGGCGCCCGAUUGAAAUCGGUGGAAGAAGCGCAAGAGCACGCGGAACUCACCAAACACACCAACUUCGCUGAGUCAGACGAGCCCAUUCUUAGCCUCGUCUGCACCGCUUGCGGCAAGAGUUGCCGUUCCACUACCGAGCGUGAUAUGCACAAAGUUCGGACUGGACAUGAUGAGUAUGUGGAUAAGACAUCAGAAGCAGCAGCACCAUUAAUUUUAGAGGCUCCGAAAGCGAAUGAUGAUGUGAUAAUGAGUGAGGCUGGUGGUAGCCAAGAAGAAAUGGUUGUCCCUGAGGUUGAUGAGAACUUGCUUAAAGUACUUGAAGAUAUGGGGUUUUCCAAAGCGAAGGCCAUACGAGGGAUCCAUUACUCUGGAAAAUCUGACAUGGAGGAGAUAGUGAGUUGGAUUGCCGAACAUGAGAAUGAUCCAGAUAUCGAGGAAAUGCCAAUGGUACCUGUUAGUGCCAAGAAAUCAGAAGCUCCAAAGCCCAAACUUACGCCUGAAGAGAUGAAGCUAAAACAACAAGAGCUAAGGGAGCGGGCCCGUAAGAAAAAAGAAGAAGAGGAAAGACAAAAGGAAAGAGAAAUGGAGAAGGAAAGAAUACGAAGGGGUAAGGAGCUUCUUGAGGCCAAGAGAAUUGAGGAAGAAAAUGAAAGAAAACGUUUGAUUGCACUUAAGAAAGCAGAGAAAGAGGAGGAAAAAAGGGCAAGAGAGAAAAUUCGCCAAAAGUUGGAAGAAGAUAAGGCUGAAAGAAGACGAAAACUUGGUUUGCCUCCAGUAGAUCCAGCUCCAACAGUUCCUACUCCUGCACCUGUUGUUGAAGAAAAGAAGAUAUCGUUGCCUGUAAGACCUGCUACCAAGGCAGAGCAAAUGAGAGAAUGCCUCCGAUCUCUAAAGCAAAGUCAUCUGGGUGAUGAUACUAAAGUGAAGGUUGCUUUUACCACUUUGCUAACCUUUGCAAAGAACGUGGCACUUAAUCCGGAUGAAGAGAAAUAUCGUAAAAUUCGAAUCACUAAUGAUAAAUUUCAGGUAGGGGCCAUUUAGUUUCUUCUGGAUGUUAAUAAUUUUCUGAAUGAUUAUUGAUAACAUCCGUUAACUACUAGCUUGUUUAUUAUUCUGCUGAAAGAUGGACCGCGCUUGGAAUUCGAACUCUAGCUUUUUCCGAUCUUCUUUAGCUAAACAUGAUCCUCCUAGAGUUUCAGGUGCUUCCAAACAUUAGUGUUAAUUAUGAAGUCUGCUGCACUUGCUAAUAAGGCAACUCUUUUUUCGAUUAUCAGACCAUGUCGAAAAGGUCAUCAACAUUGGUUUUCAUUCUACUUCAGCAGAAAAAGAAAUAGAAAAGAAUACAUCAGAGGAAACAGAUUUGUUGUUUAGUUGUCCUACUAGGCCAACCAAAACAUUUUCUUCUACAUGAGUAAUUUAUGGUUGUGUAAGCCUUUUUGUAUCCUCGUUUGCCGUUUGUUUGAUUUUACAAGUAAUAAUUGUGUUGUCCUAAUUCGAAUAUCUGCUCCUUACCGUGAAUUUUUUUGGGUCGAACAGGAAAGAGUGGGAAAGCUGAAAGGUGGCAUCGAGUUCCUUGAGCUCUGUGGAUUUGAGAGACUAGAAGACGGUGAACACUUGUUUAUGCCCAGAGAAAAGGUGGACAAGGCGGUGCUCAACGCAGCUGGAACUGAGCUGAACAGUGCAAUUAACAAUCCCUUUUUUGGAGUUCUCUAAAUCGAAUCUGAGCUUAGAGCAAAGCAUGUAAAUGAUUGGAUAUUUUAAGGGAUUUGUCUCUUACAUUCAUUUACUGUUUUUUUCUUACAGAAAAUAUGGGGGUAAUACCCAUAAUCAAUCAAGAUUGUCUUUUUAGCCUCAAAAAGUUCAAUAGUUAAAUUGUUUCACUUUCAGAGUUGAAUAUGACGAAGUCUGUUGACAUUUGUGUCUUGAAUUUUCAUUGUUCUUUGUGUGUUUGUCGCCUGGAUUAUUUUGUGAAGUGAAACGAAGCAAGCAUGAAGCAAAAAUGAAAACUGUCACCCUAAAAAGAUUAGUGGAGCAUUAACAUUUAUAUAAAUUUACUUGAGAAAUAUUCAUACACAGAAUUCAGAAACAAUGUCUAAUUGCAAUUGUAC